AGAUUCUGAAGUUUUAUCUGAUUUAGAUUUGUUCGCAUUAUUCAUCCAGCGAAGGACAAUUCAACACCAAUAAUCUUAUUCACUAGAAACAAUAUGUUUUGACUACAUGCAAGAUAAUUCAAAUUAAAUCGGGUUUGAGAUGAGAUAUUGUUAUUUACUGAUUGUAUUUGAGGGAGUUUUUCAGGUAAAGCACAAACAAUUAAACAACAAUUCAUUUAAAUUAUAUUUCUAAUUGGUCGAUCAUUGAAAUGGCUUCAUGUAUCAAGCUCAACUCAUUGUCAACUAAGCAGUUAACUAUUAUUUGUUCAUUAAUUGCUACUGUAAUAACAAUUGGAGUUGUGGUAGCAAUUACAAUACGCAAUGGAUCUCCAAACCUUCAAGAAAGCAACAUCCAAAAAUAUGCGUUUAAAAUUGAAUCGCCUGAACCUCAAUGGAUACAGUUUGUUGAUGAAGAGACAUCUCUUGUAAAUGCUUUCAAUGCUGGUACCAAUUCUGACUCUGAACCAAUUUAUGUUUGUCGUGUCAAUCUCGGCGACGUAAUUUUACCUGGAGCUUACAGCUCUAGCCAAGCGUCAUGUCAAGUUACUUAUGGAUAUUUCAUUCAUGAACAUACGGAAUUUGAAAUACUCAUAGCUGAGGAUCAUUCAAUAUUUGUUUGGCAAGAUGUCAAUAGUUAUGAUGAUAAUGUUUCAAAUGGGGCUCUAAUAGGAGGAAUCUCUGCAUCAAAAUAUGAUAUUAAAAUAGCAAAAGUUGGGCGCAAGGAUGAUGAACGGAUUGGUAGAGUGGAUUGGACCACUAAAGAAGCUCUAUCAUCAAUUGGUCAAUACGAACAUAAAUUUAGAGAAUAUCAAGUUCUGUGUCUAUACGAUUACAGUUUACUCUGAUUAUAACCGAAUAUCAAUUUAAUGCAAAUUAAAAGAUUCAUAUUAAUCCA